AUGGACUACAUCUCGCACAAGCUCAGCCACCAGCCCGAGGACAUCCACGAACCGAUCCUCGUCGACGCCGACAGCCCCACUCGAUCACUAACCUGGCAAGAAUACGCCUCAGCAGUCAAACGAAUCGCCGUCGGUCUCAAAACAGCUGGUCUUCGACACCUCGACUGCGUCUGUCUCCUCAGCCGGAAUGACAUUUACUACUGGAUCCUCGGCGACGGCGUCGCAGCAGCAGGAGGAAUAAUCUGUCCCAUCGCCUCCUUCGCCAAAGUUGACGAAAUCGUGCGACAACUCCAAACGGUCGAUGCGAAAUGGAUCUUCGUCGAACCAGACUUGCUCGAGACCACGACCACCGCAGCGUCCAAAGCGGGUAUCCCUCCUUCUCACAUCUUCCUCUUCGAUGCACAGAUUCCGGCACCAGCGGAUUUCAACCAGGACCUCACACUCUCCCACCUCCUCACCUCCGACCUCGCCGCCUGGCAUCCUCCCUCUCAAGAUUCCACCUCCUCCCUCCAGGAACCCUGCGUCCUCCUCUUCUCCAGCGGCACAACCGGCCACGCCAAAGCCGUCUCCCUCUCCCAAAGCGCUCUGAUCGCCCGCUUCAACCUGCACUUCAAACACGGCCAGCACUUCCCUCCUGGAGAGCGGACACUCCACUACAUCGCCCAGCAACACGCCAGUUCGCAAAGCGUACACAACUACGCCACUACAGGCGCGGCUCAACUGUACAUCACCAGAAAACAAGACGCAUCCUCAAUCAUUCACCUCAUCCAAGCGUACGCGAUCACUCGGAUCAUGGUGCACCCUCAAAUGCUCGAGGAGAUGCCCGUCGUGUUGAGGCAUGGUGGUGGAGAUAGAGAGAUGCUGAAGUCCUUGCGUUCGGUGGCGUCUGGUGGAGGAAUCGCUCGACCGCAAGCUUUAAAAGAGUUUCAAGAUCUACUACAAGAUCCGGACGCACACGUCUCCUCCGCCUGGGGCGCCACAGAAAUCGGCUUCUCACCCGCAAGUUCAAAGUCUCAGCCAGCAAUGGAAGGCUACGUCGGAAUCGUGCCUCCUCCGUCCGUAGGCGAGAUCAUUAUCAUCGACCCAGAAACCCACGCCCCCCUCCCACCCCCCACCACGGGUGAAAUUGCCGUCCGCGGCCCCACCCUCUUCAGCCACUACACCUCCUCCCCCUCCACCACCUCCUCCGCAUUCAUCACCAAUUCCCUCGGAACAUACUUCCGCACCGGCGACGCAGGCCACCUCUCCCCGACAUCUCCACCCCACCUCGCCGUCACAGGGCGGUAUAAAGCCGUCUUCCGCGUCGGAACGGAGGACGUGAUGCCGGAGGAAGUCGAGUCUGUGAUCAAGCAACUCCCGGGGGUGAAGGAUGUUGUGGUGACGAGUACGCCGGGGAGGAGGAGCGGGGGGUUGGAGGCGAUGGCGUAUGUGGUUGAGCAGGAGAGGGGGGUUUUGAGGGCAGAGGAAGUGGUGAGCUGGGUUGCGGAGAGGUUGGCGGGACACAAGGCGCCGACGGGAGGGGUGGUUUUUGUGGAGAGGAUUCCGAGGAAUGGGGUUGGGAAGUGCGUGAGGGGGGAGUUGGAGGGUGCGGUGGGGUUGGAGGGGUCGAGGGGGUUUAUGACUGUGAGGGAAGAAGGCGGGGUUGUUUCUGUGGAGGAGGAGAAGCGAGUCGAAGAGAGAUUGAGUCGGACGAACUGA